UAGAAACAGUCCGGAGAGCAGGCAAAGAAAGUGAUGUGUUACUCUCUUCUACUUUAUAUCGGCUUUUAUUUUGUGAUAUUGCCUUUUCGGAAACAAGUCCCGGAAGAGGACACAGCUUACGCGUUGCUUUGGAGAAAUGUUAUCGACGACGAAUAAGGCUUCUACAGAGAGAGCGUAACUUUAAUGUUAUGGACUGUAUAUUAAGUUAGCUCACUGGCUAGCCGAAGUGUGCUAGCUAGAUGCUUCUCAGAGGAAACCAGCGAUGACUGACAGCGAUUUCUAUGGAUAAACAUCUAUUAAUGUGGGAUUUUGUAAAGCUGCCAAACACAGGUUCGUCUUUGAAAAGGUUCAGUCAUCCUACCGACUGUCAUGGACAACGUGAAACCCCGCAGCAAUGAUGAGGAUGAAGAGCUACACUCCACAGACCCAGAGAGUAAAGACAAGAGCAAAGAUAAAAAAACCCUGUGCAAAGUGAAGUGGUCCCGAGAUGAGGAUGAAAAGCUGAAAAAACUUGUAGAGCAGCAUGGAACUGACUCCUGGAAAUUAAUAUCUAACUUUGUUCAAGGGAGGACAGAUGGCCAGUGUCAGCACCGCUGGCAGAAGGUGCUCAACCCAGAGCUGGUCAAAGGACCCUGGACAAAAGAGGAGGAUCAAAAGGUUAUUGACCUGGUACACAAAUAUGGCCCCAAGCGUUGGUCGGUGAUCGCCAAGCACCUCCAGGGGAGGAUUGGGAAGCAGUGCCGUGAACGGUGGCACAACCACCUUAACCCAGAGGUGAAGAAGUCUUCAUGGACUCAGGAGGAGGACCGAAUCAUCUAUGAGGCCCACAAACGGCUUGGCAACCGCUGGGCAGAGAUCUCUAAGCUUCUUCCUGGACGGACGGACAACUCCAUCAAGAACCACUGGAACUCCACCAUGAGGAGGAAGGUGGAGCAUGAGGGUUACCUGCAGGAUGGCUCCAAGAGCUUCACUUCUUCUCACAGUGGAGUGAAGAGACGCCACCACAGGCCGUGUCCCACUCCAACAGAGCCCCAGCACUGUGAUCGCAGUCCCCUGCCUAUAUCAGGACCCAACCAGAUGGGGGGAUGUCCUUAUGAUCCUCACAGUGGAAACUUGAUGGACAAUCUUCCAGAUAAUUCAGGCUUCUUAUUGCCAUCCUGCCUGGAUGAUCCUGACAGAGAGCAAAGAAUUAAGGAGCUUGAGCUGCUGCUUAUGUCAGCAGAGAAUGAAGUCCAACGACAAGUGCAGUGCAGAGGUCCAUGUAGUCUGGAGCAGUACUGGUCCGACGACGUGUCAGAUGACACACUGACCACAAGUAGUAGCAGCCUAGAGGAGCAAGCAGAGAGGAGGCCCUGGAGGGGCCCUGAGAUCCCCCAGGGACCUCCACCACAGCUUCCUGUCUCCCCCAGCAAGUUCCUGGCUGUAGAGGCCAGCACUGUGCUCUCUACCCUGCAGACCAUACCAGAGUUUGCAGAGACCAUGGAGCUCAUUGACUCAAUGUGUUUUGCUCUCCAGGACCCUGCUGCAUGGAGCGACAUGGCCAGUUUUGACUUGUCAGAGACAGCGACACCGCCCAGGCACAACCAGGCAGGCUACACCACGCUCCUGCAAGAGAGGACAAUUGACAAUUCAACGGGCUACACAGUCAACACUCCGACUGCCAUCUCCUGCCAUGAUAAGAGCUGUGCUCCAUUUGGUGUGGGCAGUGUCGCCUCCCUGACUCCUAUCACCUCAUCCAAACCCACCCAGGCAUCCACUGGGAGGAGGAGGAGAAGAGAGAGGGGUGAAUCGUCUCCUUUGUGCAACAGGACCUGCUCCUCCUUUUUGGAAGAUAUCUCAAAUUCUCCCAAGAAAACGCCCAUAAAAUCACUGUCAUUCACCCCAUCACGAUUCUGCAACAUAUCAGGGUCGGAGCAUCUCAACCUGGAUAACCCCGCCCUCACCUCGACUCCUGUGUGUGGACAAAGGUGUCUCCUCAACACUCCGCUCCAAAAAGAAACCACACUUAAGCACCAGAAAGAGAAUGAUGGUUUGCGGACCCCCAAAUUCCGUAAAACAGUCAUGAGUCCAACCCCAAGGACACCGACUCCCUUCAAAAAUGCUUUGGCUGCCCAGGAGAAAAUGCAUGGGCCACUGAAGAUGGAGCCACAGCCAUUGGCAUUUCUAGAAGAAGACAUUCGAGAAGUUCUGAAGCUGGAGACUGGAGCGGACAUUUUUAACAGAGCAGACAUCCAGCCAGACUACAGAGCAUGGAAACAUAAUAUUGAUGGCCCAGCUAGAAAGGUGCGUAAGUCUCUUGUGCUGGACCCCUGGGCCAAAGACUGCCUAAACAUCCAACUCUUCCAAGAGCAGCUCAACAACACACAAGUGCCAGAUGAAAGUUUACUGACAAACUCUUCACUGAUCACCACAAUCCCUGAGCGAGAGGAGUGUAGCCAUUCUUUGACUUCCGGCCGAGAGGAUCCCCCAUUAGUCCCCGUUCAGCCUCAUCGCUUUACCAGCCCCCGGAUGAAGAAGCUUCUUGCUACCCACAAAGCACCAAAGCACUCCACUCUACAGGUGAGUGACUGGGAAGCAGUUGUUUAUGGGAAGACCGAGGACCAGCUGAUCAUGACAGAACAGGCACGUCAGUACCUGAACCCUUACCCGCCAUCUGGCUCUACCUCAAGGGCCCUUGUGCUUUAAAGCCGUCCCCUUGCUGCGCAGGCAACACUACUACGCCCGUCCAACAACUAAAACCUCCACUGAAACCUGUAAGAGACAAUCCAGUGAAGACAAAUGAUUUUCUUUUUCUUUUGAAGCAGAAAUACCCCGCCAAGGACGUCCACAAAAAGGCACGGCUGCUGGUAUUGUUUUCAACACAUUUCUAUGUCACUGGCCAAGUAGUUUUGUUGUUCAUAGAUCUGUUAAUACACACAACCUGGCAACGUAUAAAAUUUUGUACAGAUAUGAAAAGGCUAGAUUUUUUUCUGCACUAGACAGUAAUGUUGAAACAACCUGCACAUGAAGUAGGCGGUAGGAAUAGUGUUUAUUACUAGCAGUGGCUGCUUCUGAGUUUUAUAUUGUUAAUAUAUAUUGUUUAAAUGACAAGAAACAUUAAUAUAACGCUACUUAUUGUUUAUCUCCUCUAGCUUGUUUUGCUAAACUGCCCUAUUGCUGUUAUCCAAGAAAAAACACCUACAUGCAAAAUGUGUAGCUUUGUUUUUGGCACCUAUGUAUUUUAAAAUCGCAUCAUGGGUUUUUUUAACAUGACACACACAGUAUAAUGUUAACCGUUGCUUUUAAAUUAGAGAAACAAAAAAUGCAUUUCCAUGUUGUUGUUUUUUUUGGUGACAGCAGUGUUAUAUUCCUGAAUGCGUAUCCAUGGUGAUGUGAAGUUUGAAAUAAGAAGCUGUCAGUAUUGCACUACUGAGUUGAUUUUGCUGCUGAGAAAAAAAGGAGCAGUGUUUUUAAGGGCAAACUGGAUAGCACUUGUUAUGGGGUUUUAUUUAAACAACACGUUUCCUUUCCAAGGCCAUAGUGUCUGUCAAGACAUUGGUUGAAUGUAUUUCAUUGCAAUGUAAGAACCUCAAAAAUGGAAGGGUACCUUAAUGUUUAUUUCUGUUUGUUUUAUUUAUUAUCUGACAGCUCUAAAGCUUAGAUAUUAAUAUAAAAUCGGACACCAUGAGUUUUUAAGAAGUUUAACUUUGCUGACAAAACAGCCUAAAAACCCUCACUUGCUCUAAAGCAGUUCUCUCUGUAAUAGAGGAUCAAUGGUCACCGUUGCUUCACUUUUCAUAUCGUCAGUGUUUUACAACAAGCAUUUGGUCAAGAAGGAUUUACGUUUUAUGUGAAGGCUGUAGGUUUUAUUUAUUUAAUGUCUACUAAUUUAUUUAUUUCUAAAAAGUUUUAAGAAAAAUUAUUGAAGAAUUUUUACUGUCUUUUCUCUUUCAAAAUCGGGCUACCAUUCAGUUUCAUUACUCCAAGAAGAACAUGCACUGCAACUAAUUUUAUGUUCAUUUCUUUUCCUGAUCAGGCAAGAACUAGCAAAGAAUCAUCAUGUAGUUGUAUCUGGUGAUCUUGUAACAUAGAGAUAGGUCAUUUCUUUCCUUUGAUUCCUUCAAUUCUUUGAUUGUUCUUCGCUAUUAGGUAGCAGGACUCCAUCUCCAACCUCUAAUCGUAGACAAAUUGCACUUUUUACUAAUCAUUUAAUUUUGUUCGUGUUGAUCAGUGUUGGGCAGUUACUGUAAUAUUACUUUUCCCAGUAACUAGUAGUGUAAUGGAUUAUUUUUCUAAAACGGUAAUAUUAUUACAGUUACUAAUCCAAGUAAUGCUGCCUUACUGUGUUACUGAAUGGGCCAUCCUUGACGUGAGCGCACAACUGUGCAGCAGCUCAGCGGCACCAGACUUUGUUAUUUCAGUCAGCUGUUAGCCAAAAAAUAAAGAGAUUAUGAGGGUGAGAGGCGUUCUUUCCACAGCUGUAAGUAGUUACUGCCAUUAUUGUGUCACAGAGAUUGUAAAUUCUGUGCAACUAGUAAAAAGCUUUCAAACAUGAACAAUUCUACAUUUAAAUAUUGAAGCAUCUGCUAAAGCAGGACAGUAACAAGAAACUUAUAGAAAAACACUCCGGCAGCUACUGACAGUGAUGCUAAGACUCGACGGGAGAGAGUGGUGUUAUAGUAACGUUUUGUAAAAAUACUGAACACUGCUCUUAUAAAUAGGCUACAUGAGCAGAAAAAUAGCUUUUCAAAAGUUGGAUUUACUUGCUUUACUUUUUUAUUUCAGCCAGUGGCGUAAAGAAACGUUAUGUUUUAUAAUUAAAAAAAAACAUACUCCUUGCUGCUGUUAUGAAUAUGAUAUUAGUUAAAAAGUCGUGAGAGACUGCUUUGAAAAAAAAGCAGUGUUUCCCAUAAAUCAGUAUAUGGGAUAAUUGUCAAUGCUGACUGCCACAUAUUGAUUUUCUAUUUUUUUUACUAGGUGUAUUUAAAAUCCUAAUUGAUUGAGGAGCUGUAUUGAGGAGCAUAUAUUCGUGCAGCACCUCCUCUCGCUCGCUUCCUCCUCCCCCUCUCUCUUUCCAGGCACCACAGUUAUGGUGUCAUUCUGUGGGCAACACUGGAAAGUAAUAUAGUAAUUACUUUUAUCACCCAGUAAUAAGUAAAGUAAUAUUACUACUUUUUGAAGAAGUAAUAAGUAACUAGCAAUUUCAGAGUAACUUGCCCAACACUGAUGCUGAUAAUGUAGCUCUUGUCCUUUUUUGUGUGUGUGUGUGUGUGUGUGUGUGUGUGUGUGUGUGUGUGUGUGUGUGUGUGUGUGUGUGUGUGUUAGAUGGUUGUCUCCCCGUUUUGUAAUGAAAACUGACAUUAAGAUCAUGCUGCUUGAUUUUAACAUGAUUUCAACUCCUGUUCUGCAGAAAUGUGUGCUCAAACACACUACAUUAAAGCCUUACAUUAAACUGGCAGAUGGCUCUGGGAAAACAGCUAACACAGAGCGUAAAUGCCUCCUGAAAGCAAGACCUCAAACCCCUACCCGCUCGCUCAUUAUUUGACACUGCUUAAGAACAAAAUGCUUAAAAUGUCAUGUAAAUAUGCACAUAUUUGGGUGUGAUUCUGAAGAAGUGUACUGCACUGUGCUUCCAUGUUAACAGGCUGAUUCACGUAACGCAUCCAGAAACAAACAAAAAAUCUAUAAUCUGCUGAAGUAACACUAAAAGCUAUAAACGAUCUUCUUUGUAUUAUCGGCAUUAGUGGAUCCAGUAUUUAUAGUUAUAAUCUGGAUUAUCCUGCAUUAGGCAUUUGAGUGAGAAAAAGAAGGGAAUCUUGUCAGGGAGAUCAAGUGGAAAGAUCAGGAGUAUAUAAUACACAGCUCUAAAACAGAAAGACUAACAUCCACAUAAGACAAGUGUAUUUCAAUCUGGUGGCUGAGAUGUGUCGAAUCUGUAUAUUAUUGUGUUUUACGUUCUGUUUGUUGGUUUGACUUGAGUUUGUACAUUUCAUUCGUCCAAGUUGAUAAUUUUGUAUGUUAACAACAUUUGGCCGUGUAACAGCAUAGGUUUUGAGGGAAUUAAGUACAUACACAGGAUAGCAGCAGCUGUUAUAUACUACUGUAGUUAUGCAUGAGCAAUACACAAGAUGCUGGAUUUGCUUUAAUUGACGAGGUGAAUCACAGAUGAAUACUCGCUCUAGAUUUUGUAGCAUUUGAAAUCAUAACCAAGGUACCAUAGAAAUCCUGCCAACUGUCUUUGUAACCAUGUACUUAAUUUGUGAAAAAAAAUAAAUGCAUAUGUUGAA